GGGAAGUUGACAGUACAAACUUUCAGCCACAGAAGCAGGAGGAUCAGCAAUACAGUAAAGGACUCUAAAGGGGCAGGGACACCGAUCCUGCUACAGAAGAACAUCGACAGCUCAAUUCUUUAGUGAAUCUACUUAAUUCUACGAGACGAGCCCUUUCCUCGGAUUAUUACAAUGAUGUUCACCACUUUUAACACGGAUUGCGAUUCUUCCUCUCGCUGUAGCUCCGCUUCUCCAAGUAACGCCGAUAACAUUGGUUACUACCCGUCGCCUGCUGAAUCACAGUCGAGCAUCGGCUCACCACUAAGCCAAUCUCAGGACUUUACAGACCUCAGUGUCACCAGUGCUUCCUUCAUCCCAACUGUCACUGCUAUAUCUUCAUGUCCUGACUUGCGGUGGAUGGUACAGCCAGUGGUGUCUUCAGUGGCCCCUUCCAAUGGCCGGGUACAUCCCUACUCCACUUCUGCCUACAAUACAACAGGGAUGCUGAAGACUGCAGGAGGACGAGGCUCUGGGAGAAGGAGCAAAGUUGAACAGCUUUCCCCUGAGGAGCAGCAAAAGAAAAAUGUGCGUCGGGAACGCAAUAAAAUGGCUGCAGCAAAGUGUCGCAACAGAAGAAGAGAACUUACUGAUACUCUGCAAGCUGAAACUGACCAGUUGGAGGAUGAGAAAUCCACUAUUCAAGCAGACAUUGCAAAUCUGCUGAAAGAGAAGGAAAGACUGGAGUUUAUCCUGGCAGCUCACAAGCCAAUCUGCAAGAUUCCCUCAGACCUGCCAGAGACCUUUCCCCAGUUUGCCGUUUCCUCCUCCCAUUCCAUGCUGCUUGAGCCAGUCGCCCAGCUUCAGAGCACCCUUGCUGGGUCUUCCAGCUCGACAGAGCACUCCAUCACCACUACCUCUUCCGCUUCACUGUUCUCCAGCCCUAGUGUGGUCAGUGACAUGAUGACAGUCAAGAUGGCUGACCUGGACUGUUCCUUGGAGGAAUCGCUGGACCUGCUCGUCAAAACCGAGCUGGAGACCGUGCGCUCCGUCCCCGACAUGGAGCUCUCCAGCUCCCUCUACACCCAAGACUGGGAGCCUCUCUACACUUCAGCCAACAGCGACCUGGAGCCUCUGUGCACGCCAGUAGUCACCUGCACCCCUGCCUGCACCACGUACACGUCUUCCUUCACGUUUACCUACCCUGAGAGUGAAGCGUUGCCCACCUGUGGACUGGCCCACCGCAGGGGUAGCAGCAGCAAUGACCAGUCUUCAGACUCUCUCAGUUCCCCAACCCUGCUGGCCUUGUAAUGGCCUUUUACCACAUAUAAAUGUUUAUACAUUGUAAUGCUGUUGAUAGAUCACAAGGCUAUGGAGAAGACGAACAACAAAAAAACUUUAUUAGAUAUAUAUUGUAGUUACCCUAUUUGUCAUCCUAUCAGCCUCUUAAUUAUGUAGCAAGCUAAAGCAUGGUUUAACCAGUUCUACAUAAAUAUAGUUUGGUUAAAUUUGUAGUUAUGAUAUUUUAUUGGUGCUAGAUAAUGGAUUUGUUUAGGUGCUACUGACACGAGUUCAGAGCAAUAGAUAACAAGAGAUUUCUUACAUGUUGUUGUGUGAGUGAAUUUGUUUCCACAAAAGUUUGUCUUACUAUGGUCUGAAUGGUCUCACUACAUGAGUUUUCUGUGAAAACGUUGUGUUUAAUUUAUGAAACUUAAAGUUAUUUUUGUACUUGAUACUGAAAGCUGAAUGGAGCGAACUUAAAUCUUGUCUGCAGAGCUCGUGACAAUAAAUAUUUAAAAUUUAAA